GGAAACAUUGCUCUGCGAGUCCUCCCGUUUAAACGCAUUCAAUUUUUGGGUCUCUCUCUCUCUCUUCUCUUCUCUCUCUCUCUCUGUCUCUCUCUCUCUCUCCUCUCUUUCUCCCCCCUCUCCCUCCUCUCUUCUCUGAACCUCUCUUCUCUCUCCUUUCUCUUUUCUUACAUAUUCUACUAGUUGUUUUCCCCUUCUUCUCCUUCUUUCUCUCCUUUUUCUCCCUCCUCGUCUCUUUUACUCCAUUCCUGCAGAAGAGAGAGGGCUAAACUUAAAGAAAAAAAAAGGAGGAGGAGGAGGAGGAGGAGGCACCCCCUUCGUAUUCUUCUUAUCGUUAUUUUAUACAUAUAUGAUUUUUUUUGGAGGGAGGGUGUUGGUUCCCGGCUGAAGAGCACUUAUUUAAAAUACUAAAAAAAGAACAUUUUUGGGCGAUCUCCAGGGUUUUUUUAACUAGCUCUGUGUGUUAUAGCAGAAGAAGCAGAAGAAGGAGCAAGAAAGAGGAAAAGAAGAGGAUUAUUUAUUCGACCUACUUUGGAUGUCUCUCUCGCUUUUCCUUUUUCCUUUUUUUGGCAAUUAUUUUCUUCUGAUUUUUAUUUUUUCUAUUUCGCUGUGAAUUCGUCGCCGGCGUGAAUUAUCCCGUAUUUUUUUCCCCCUUCCGUCACCUCCCGAAAGAAGAAGGCAGCUAGAGCCCGGCGCCACCGGCACAACAAAAAGAGCAAAGUGUGUGAUCUUCCUCGCCGGCUGCCUCCCGCUCUCCAGCGCUGCCUUCCUGAAUGGCUGGCUGCGUCCGGCCCUGGACCUGGCCCCCCGACACCCGCGCGCCCUGAUCGCCGCCGGCAGCCUCGCCCAGCGCCCUGCUCGGCUCACCGCGCUCCCCGCACUCCCGAGCCCGGCGAGGGCUCCCGCCGGGACAGCGGCGGCGGCGCGGGCGGCCCCGGCCUCCGCUCGCGCUCCGGCUGCGGCCCCGACUCCUGCUCGGACUCCGGCCCGGGCCCGGGCUCCUCCAGCGGCGCUCGCCGCAGCAGCUUCGGCGGCAGCUCCAGCGGCGCCUGCAGCCGCGACCUCCUCCGCCGCCGCCGCCGCCUCCGCCCUCGCCGGCUUCCUCUAUGUCGGCUCAGCCCGCGCGCUGCGCGUAGCCCGAGCGGCCGGCGGGCGGGCGGGCGGGCGGGCGGGCGCCCGGCGCGGGUGAGCGAGUGUGUGUGCGAGUGUGUGUGUGCGCGGGGGUGCGGGCGAGGCGGAGGGCGAGUGUGUGCGCGCGCCGUGGCCCAUGCCCGCCGCCCCCGGCGCUGCGCCCCGCGCCGCUCCCGGCUGCCGCCUGUGCCAUUUCUGAUUUUGCAACUUGGGGAAGAAGAAAAAAGCGAGAGAAGGGAGCUUGCUCGCCGGGGGGUGGGGAGGGGGGAAGGAGAGCGCGGCCCCCCCAGGAACGGAGCGCGGGGGGAGCGGGCGAGGGGAGCAGGGGUGUUGGGGGGGGAGCCUGAGAGCCUGGGGGGGCUGCAAAAAGAGAGAAAGAAAACAGCAGGAACCACAACAAAACGCCAGCAGGGCGGGCGGGCGCGCAGCAGCAGCGGGGCGGCCGAGGCAGUAGCGGCGGCAGCGGCGGCGGCGGCGGAGGCAGCGGCCGGUGCCCGGCUCGGGCUCGGCUCCUGCGACCCCGGGGCGCCCGGCGGGCCCCCCGCCCCCUCCCCCUCCCCCCUUCCCCUUCCCCUUCCCCUCCCAGCGCGCCGGCGCGCCCCGCGGCCCUCGGCGAGCAGCUCGGCUCCCCCCAGCGCUCCCCGGGCCCAAAGAUAUGGCAAUGGUAGUUAGCAGCUGGCGAGAUCCGCAGGACGACGUGGCCGGGGGCAACCCCGGCGGCCCCAACCCCGCAGCGCAGGCGGCCCGCGGCGGCGGCGGCGGCGCCGGCGAGCAGCAGCAGCAGGCGGGCUCGGGCGCGCCGCACACGCCGCAGACCCCGGGCCAGCCCGGAGCGCCCGCCACCCCCGGCACGGCGGGGGACAAGGGCCAGGGCCCGCCCGGUUCGGGCCAGAGCCAGCAGCACAUCGAGUGCGUGGUGUGCGGGGACAAGUCGAGCGGCAAGCACUACGGCCAAUUCACCUGCGAGGGCUGCAAAAGUUUCUUCAAGAGGAGCGUCCGCAGGAACUUAACUUACACAUGCCGUGCCAACAGGAACUGUCCCAUCGACCAGCACCACCGCAACCAGUGCCAAUACUGCCGCCUCAAGAAGUGCCUCAAAGUGGGCAUGAGGCGGGAAGCGGUUCAGCGAGGAAGAAUGCCUCCAACCCAGCCCAAUCCAGGCCAGUACGCACUCACCAACGGGGACCCCCUCAACGGCCACUGCUACCUGUCCGGCUACAUCUCGCUGCUGCUGCGCGCCGAGCCCUACCCCACGUCGCGCUACGGCAGCCAGUGCAUGCAGCCCAAUAACAUUAUGGGCAUCGAGAACAUCUGCGAGCUGGCGGCGCGCCUGCUCUUCAGCGCCGUCGAGUGGGCCCGCAACAUCCCCUUCUUCCCGGAUCUGCAGAUCACCGACCAGGUGUCCCUGUUACGCCUCACCUGGAGCGAGCUGUUCGUGCUCAACGCGGCCCAGUGCUCUAUGCCGCUGCACGUGGCGCCGCUGCUGGCCGCCGCCGGCCUGCACGCCUCGCCCAUGUCCGCCGACCGCGUCGUGGCCUUCAUGGACCACAUCCGCAUCUUCCAGGAGCAGGUGGAGAAGCUCAAGGCGCUGCACGUCGACUCGGCCGAGUACAGCUGCCUCAAAGCCAUCGUGCUGUUCACGUCAGACGCCUGUGGCCUGUCGGAUGCGGCCCACAUCGAGAGCCUGCAGGAGAAGUCGCAGUGCGCACUGGAGGAGUACGUGAGGAGCCAGUACCCCAACCAGCCCAGCCGCUUCGGCAAACUGCUGCUGCGACUGCCCUCGCUGCGCACCGUGUCCUCCUCUGUCAUCGAGCAGCUCUUCUUCGUCCGUUUGGUAGGUAAAACCCCCAUCGAAACUCUCAUCCGCGAUAUGUUACUGUCUGGGAGCAGCUUCAACUGGCCUUACAUGUCCAUCCAGUGCUCCUAGGCCUUGGGCGCUUCCCACCUGCCCCCUGUCCCCCUAGAGACUCAGUGGACCCACCUGGGCCAAGGACUCCAAAGCCGCGGGGACACCGGGAGGUGCAGCGGGCCAGGCUGGCCGGGCGGGAGGGAGGAGGGCCGAGACAAGAGCAGCCCACCCAGCAGAAAUACAACCCGAGCUACAAAGCAUGGGAAAAAGAGACUCUUUUAGGAUCAGAUCUGUGAGCACGUUGGCGAGGAAAAAAGAAAAGAAAAAAGAAAAAGAAAAAAAAAGAACCUUGUGUCUGUCUGGUGAAAAAAA